AUGACCAGGCCAGCCGAUCUGACAUGGAAUUUGGAAAACGACAAGACAACGAUCAGCGAUCCAUCCCUUUUCUUCUUUGAAGAUGGCGAUUGUUCUGACCGAAGUGACCCGUCAAGUGACUGCUGCCGCAUUACGUGCGAGGAGUGUUAUGUCUUGAUCUCCGUGGCCUCGAAGAUUGGUGUCAAGGCGACGGUUGCCGUGUUUGUGGAGUUGGAGGCUGGGAUCGAGUUUCCGGAGUCAUAUUCUGGUUUAGCGACUAAAUACCUGGAUUCGACGUCUUUUUUCCACAUUGGCGACUGCAGCCAGCCACACUUCAUGGAGCUCAACGGGUUUGCAGGGUAUAAGGACGUGUAUCUGACACUACCAAUGUCGUUGGAUCUUGUACUCAUUUCGAAGAGUGCCGAGCCAGUUCUGUAUUCAGAAACCACUGCUCGUCGUCAGAGCCUGUUCAGUGGUUGCAUCGCCGCAGUCUACGACGCGCAAGUCGUGCUUUCUACGGCAAUCGAUACAAUCUCCGCGCUCUCGGAAGACAAGCAAGAGCAGCUCAAGAAAAUUAUCAUGUGGGCACUGGGGCUGUCAGAGAUCGAUCCAAACUUCCUGACCAUCAACUCCAACUCGGACACCACUGGUGAAAUUUCGAUUCAGAUCGCUGUGCCCCCCGCUGUUGCAGAAAAAUAUCCGACAUCGUACGAUCUUGAGUCGACUUUUUACGAGCGCGCGCGGACCGCGAGCUUCUCUAGUGCGGUCAGCGCGUUUGUUGUCAGUGUCUGGAUGGCUACUGGGGACCAACAUGCAGCAAAUACUGCGAUCUUCCAACCAAUUGCGAGAGCGUCCGAUGCGAUCAAGACAGUGGUGACGCCGUUGAGUGCACGUCGUGUGACGAUUCGUACUGGGGACUACGUCACCUGCGAGAAGGCGUACGGCUCCGUGUUGACUUGCACUCACUGCGAGGACGGCUACUGGGGGUCAACCUGUGAGAGUUCGUGCACCACUCCAGCAAACUGCGCCAGUGCGCGGUGCAACCUGAACAGUGGGGAUGAAAUCGAGUGCACGGAGUGCAUCAGUGGCUUCUGGGGAUCGACGUGCACUAGUUCCUGCGAAGUGCCGCAGCACUGCGUCAGCGCGGAAUGCAGCCAAGACAACGCCGUCGACUUCGGCGCCAACUGCGACGCCUGCAACAGGCACCGCGAGCACUGGAACCGGGACAAGUACCGGGUCCUCGACGAGGCGUCCGUGGUGGUGGAUUCCGCUCGCUCUCGCUAUCUUCGGGCUAUUCAAGAUGCUUUGACCUUCUCACGGACUUUCAUUUUUUACACUUAG